AUGAAAUGGUGGAUGCUGGGGGCCACGGCUACGAUGAUCAUUUGCCUGACGACCUUGGGAUAUCUGUCUCAUACGGCAACAGAAGUCAGGUUUUGGCUUGAGCCACCGGCGGCGGCCGGCUCUAAAAUUUUGUUAAUAUGUUUUCUAACGUUACGGAAGGAACUUGGGGCGACGCGGACGGCGUCAGCGUGA